GGCUCCGCCCCUAGCGGGCCUGGCCCUGCCGGCAGUUGGGCGGUGAGGAGUCGCGCCGCUCCCUCCCACGCAGUGCACUCAGGUGGGACCAGGAACUCUCUCGCCAUGUCCGCAGCGGAGGCGGGGGGUGUUUUCCACAGAGCCCGGGGCAGGACCCUGGACGCGUUUCCCGAAGAACAGGAAAAGGAAUGGAAAGGCCCAUUCUACUUCAUCCAGGGUGCAGACCCACAAUUUGGACUGAUGAAGUCCUGGUCCACUGGGGACUGUGACAAUGGUGAAGAUGAGUGGGGGCAGGAGAUUCGUCUCACUGAGCAAGCCAUUCAGGCCAUCAACAAGCUGAACCCCAAGCCCAGAUUCUUUGUUCUGUGUGGGGACCUCAUCCAUGCCAUGCCAGGGAUGCCCUGGCGGAAGGAGCAGACGAAGGACCUGCAGCGGGUGCUCAGGAACGUGGACAGCGACAUCCCGCUGGUCCUAGUCAGCGGCAACCACGACGUGGGCAACAUCCCCACGCCCGAGACCAUCGCGGAGUUCCAGGAGACUUGGGGAGACGACUAUUUCAGCUUCUGGGUCGGGGGCGUCCUGUUCCUCGUCCUCAACUCCCAGUUACUGUACGACGCCUCCAGGUGCCCUGCCCUGAAGCAGGCCCAGGACCAGUGGCUGGACCAGCAGCUGAGCGUGGCGGGGCAGCAGAAGUGCCAGCGCGCCAUCGUCUUCCAGCACAUCCCCCUCUUCCUCCAAAGCAUCGACGAGGAGGAUGACUACUUCAACCUCACCAAGCCCAUGCGGAAGGAGAUGGCAGACAAGUUCAUCAAAGCAGGUAUCAAAGCUGUGUUCACGGGCCACUACCACAGGAAUGCUGGGGGUACCUACCGGAACCUCGAUGUCGUGGUGUCAUCUGCCAUCGGGUGCCAGCUGGGCAAAGACACCCACGGGGUCCGAGUCGUGGUGGUCACCGCUGAGAAGAUCAUUCAUCGGUACUACAGUUUGGACGAGCUGAGCGAGAGGGGAAUAGAAGGUGACCUGAUGGACUUAAUGAAGGAAAAGUGAUGGCCGUUAUGACCCAGUCACUUCCACUGUCUUUUAAUUUUGCCAGAAACAGCAGCUUCUGAAUAAAGAAGUAUCCAGGCAGAUUUGUGAAUUUAUGUCCUUUGCAUAAAUCAGAGAGCUGGGUCCUAUUCUGAAUUACAUUUGAAGUAGAACUGCCUUCCCUUUAAGAAAGAGAAGGGGCUGGAGGAGGGUUGGAGCCUGGGAGUAAGAGAAUAAAUGAUGCUGGAAUAUCUCUGUAUGAGUGUGUGAAUAACCUUUCCUAAUGAUGUGUUUCUCAACUAUCUCAGAUUCUCUGUUGUUAAAUCAAAUUGUUUUCUCGCAGUUUAUGGUGAGUGUCUACCUGUGGACCUCAAUCCCAACUGGUAUCCAAGUGUAAUCUUGGGUAAUCCUCGAACAAACUGCAUCUGAUCAGUUAAACUGUAGUCAUGGCUCCGACACUUGGCAACAGGAAGGUCAUCUCCUCUCCCUCCUAACAAAGCAGACAACUCUCCUCCUACCAGAGCUGUGCAGGCGCUCAUUUCCACACGGAGCUGUCAGAUGCCGAGGCCUGUGCUGGUGAUGCAGACGGUACAAGUCAGAGCUGAGUUUGCCUUCUUGGUGACUAGAAAAGUCACCUUUGCACAUACAUUAGCCAUCCACAAAAGUCUCAUCCAAGAGGCCAGGACCAGAGCCCUAAAGUCGCCUGGCGCACGUUCUGAGUUUAUGCCGUUCACACUGGAUGCUGCAGGAACUCCACAGGUUGCUGUCCUCAUGCGAUCAGAAUGACUCUCCACUCCUGAGACGCUUCACUGUGUUGACGUUGACAGGAAAAGUGGGAAUUGAGACAAGAGUUCUCAAAAGAAUCAAAGCAGAAAUUUCGGUGGGGCAAAAACUGCUUCCAGCCGCUUUAAUGGAAUUGGCGCCGCCUUUGAUUCACUGCCCCAGAGCAGGCGAGCGAGGAUGGUGAAAAUCGGCUGUUUCCAUGCCGUCUGCUUUGCUGCGUCUUCUCCGCAGCUCCUGACACUGUGCUAUUUCAUCCACAUGGUCUGCUCUGCAGAUGUCCUGAUGGGCAGGGAACAUGGGUUCUCCCAGUCCUGCCAGGAACACCCCACAGCGUCACGCAGUAGCACUCCCUCACCCCGAAAUGCCUUCAACAACCCGCUGCUUACAAAUGAACUGCAAAACCCAUUAAGACUCUUGUUAAAAAGUGUUAGUCAACGUAGCAAAACCAUGAGAAAGUAAAUAGAAAGAUAAUUGGAUAUGUAAAUUCAUAAGGAGCAAAAGACAAGAAGUUAAUUGUACUAUAGAUCGGUGACACACUAGCUCAUUGUUACGUGGCCCAGGAAAAUUAAAAAUGUUCAAAAUUA